AUGUCGUCGCCUGUGACCGUCCCCAAGCUCUUCCAGCCUAUCAAGGUCGGAGGGCGCAUGUACGCUCACCGCGUCGUGAUGGCUCCACUGACGCGUUACCGUGCAAACAAAGCGCAUGUGCACGGUGACCUUGCGGUAGAGUAUUAUGGCCAGCGGGCGACGGUUCCCGGCACUCUGAUAAUCACCGAGGCAACAUUCAUCGCUGCAAAGGCCGGUGGGUACAGGAACGUACCGGGGAUCUGGAGUGACGAACAAGUAGUUGCGUGGAAGCGGGUGACCGACGCGGUCCACGGGAACGGUUCUCGCAUCUUCUGCCAACUAUGGGCUUUGGGUCGGGCCGCUGAUCCUCAAGUCCUUGAAGAAGAGGAUCCAUCCUUCCCUUUUGUCGCUCCUUCCGACAUCCCGAUGACGGGCAGCCCGAAGGCGCCUCGUCCUCUGACCAUCUCAGAGAUAAAGGAGUAUAUCAAGCUAUAUACAACCGCCGCCAAGAAUGCCAUACGCGCUGGCUUCGACGGUGUCGAGCUUCACGGCGCAAACGGCUAUCUCGUCGACCAGUUCCUGCAGGACGUGAGCAACAAGCGCACUGAUGAGUACGGCGGAUCGAUCGAGAACCGCAGCCGCUUUGCUCUCGAGAUCAUUGACUCUGUCACGAAUGUGAUUGGCGAGGAGAGGAUGGGCAUCAGACUGAGCCCUUGGGGCGAUUUCCAAGAUAUGCGUAUGCCGGACCUAAAGCCCACGUUCUCAUACCUGGUGUCCCAGAUCGCCGCACGGCACCCGAAUUUUGCAUACAUCCACGUCGUCGAGGCGCGCACGAACGGAAACCGGGAUCGUGUUCCAGAGCCAGGCGAGGCGAGUUUCGACAACGACUUCCUGCGCAAGAUCUGGGCACCGCGUACCUUCAUCAGUGCGGGCGGACACAGUCGCGAGACUGCGUUUGAGACGGCUGAGAAGAACGGUGACCUCGUCGCGUUCGGACGAUUCUUCAUUUCCCAUCCCGAUUUGCCGCUGCGUCUCGCGCAGAACCUGCCGAUUUCGAAGGGAGACCGCGACACGUACUACAGCAAAGAGGAUCCGCAUGGCUAUAUCGACUAUCCGUUCACCGACGAUACGCAAGCCAAACUAUAG